UCUUAUCCUUGAGAUUAAAUUUUCAGGAACUUGAGGGAGAUGUUCAAAUUAGAUGCAGCAGAGUACAUGAUGUCCAUUUGUGGUGAUGAUGGUCUAAGGGAGCUCUCUUCGCCGGGGAAAAGUGGCAGUAUAUUCUAUCUUUCUCAUGAUGAUAGAUUUGUGAUUAAGACAUUAAAAAGAUCUGAGCUGAAGGCUCUACUCAAGAUGCUGCCUUCCUAUUACAGACAUGUAGGGAAGCAUGAGAAUACUCUUAUUACUAAAUUUUUUGGUCUACAUCGAAUAACAUUGAAAGGUGGAAGAAAGGUACGCUUUGUGGUCAUGGGAAAUAUGUUUUGCACAGAAUUGAGAAUUCAUCGUCGUUAUGAUCUUAAGGGAUCAACUCUUGGAAGAUGUACAGAGGAAGAUAAAAUUAGAGAAAAUACCACUUUGAAGGAUCUGGAUCUGUCUUAUGAAUUUUACAUGGAUAAGCUGCUGAGGGAAUACCUCUUUAAGUGAGUCCCCACUCUAUAUCUUGUGUGGUCAUAGAAUUGAAGGAUCCUUUUCUUAAAGUGUAUUUGUUGCCGCUUUCCUAUUUUUCCAACUUCUCUUUUUGUUCAGAUGUUUCAUUUACUUAUCUUCUUUUCUGAUGUUCCUGAAGUCUCUGCAAAUUUUGGUUUUUUGAAGAAAAUACUUGAAGUAGGA